AUGUGGGGAAGUUCACAUGCAUUCGCUGGUGAAUCUGAUCUGACACUACAACUACACACCAGGUCCAACAUGAGCGACAAUACGACAAUCAAAAAGCCGAUCCGACCCAAACCGAUCCGGACGGAACGCCUGCCUUACGCUGGGGCCGCAGAAAUCAUCCGAGCCAACCAGAAAGACCACUACUUUGAGUCCGUGCUUGAACAGCAUCUCGUCACGUUUCUGCAGAAAUGGAAGGGAGUACGAUUUAUCCACCAGUACAAGGAGGAGCUGGAGACGGCGUCCAAGUUUGCAUAUCUCGGUUUGUGUACGCUUGUGGGCUCCAAGACUCUCGGAGAAGAGUACACCAAUCUCAUGUACACUAUCAGAGACCGAACAGCUCUACCGGGGGUGGUGAGACGGUUUGGCUACGUGCUUUCCAACACUCUGUUUCCAUACCUGUUUGUGCGCUACAUGGGCAAGUUGCGCGCCAAACUGAUGCGCGAGUAUCCCCAUCUGGUGGAGUACGACGAAGAUGAGCCUGUGCCCAGCCCGGAAACAUGGAAGGAGCGGGUCAUCAAGACGUUUGUGAACAAGUUUGACAAGUUCACGGCGCUGGAGGGGUUUACCGCGAUCCACUUGGCGAUUUUCUACGUCUACGGCUCGUACUACCAGCUCAGUAAGCGGAUCUGGGGCAUGCGUUAUGUAUUUGGACACCGACUGGACAAGAAUGAGCCUCGAAUCGGUUACGAGAUGCUCGGUCUGCUGAUUUUCGCCCGGUUUGCCACGUCAUUUGUGCAGACGGGAAGAGAGUACCUCGGAGCGCUGCUGGAAAAGAGCGUGGAGAAAGAGGCAGGGGAGAAGGAAGAUGAAAAGGAAGCGGUUGUGCCGAAAAAGAAGUCGUCAAUUCCGUUCAUUGAGGAUACAGAAGGGGAGACGGAAGACAAGAUCGAUCUGGAGGACCCUCGACAGCUCAAGUUCAUUCCUGAGGCGUCCAGAGCGUGCACUCUGUGUCUGUCAUACAUUAGUGCGCCGGCAUGUACGCCAUGUGGACACUUUUUCUGUUGGGACUGUAUUUCCGAAUGGGUGAGAGAGAAGCCCGAGUGUCCCUUGUGUCGGCAGGGUGUGAGAGAGCAGAACUUGUUGCCUAUCAGAUAA